AUGGACAAAGAAACUUAUUUAAAAUUGCUAAAGAUGGUUUCACCUCUAAUUAGAAGACAAGAUACUAUUAUGCGUAAAGCUAUUUCGCCACACGAAAGGUUGACGGCAACAUUAAGAUUUCUCGCAACUGGAAGGAGUUAUGAGGAUUUAAGGUUCACAACAAUAAUAUCGCCUCAGGCAUUGGGUGUAAUUAUUCCUGAGACGUGUGAAGCUAUAUCUAAAUUUCCACAAACAGAAGAAGAUUGGAAAAAGACAGCAAAGGAAUUUGAACAACGUUGGAACUUUCCACAUUGCCUAGGCGCGAUUGAUGGUAAACACAUAGACAUUAUUCCUCCUAGUGAAAUCGGGUCUUAUUACUGUAAUUAUAAAUGUCGUCAUAGUGUGGUGCUACUUGCAAUAAUAAAUGCAAACUACCAAUUUAUCAUGUGUGACUUGGGAGUUAAUGGCAGGAAAUCAGAUGGAGGUGUACUUCAAACAACAUAA